AUGGCGGCGGCAGCGGGCGAGAGCGCGAUGGACGUGGUGCCGGCGCUGGCGGAGGAGGCCGCGCCGGAGGCGGCGGGCCUCAGCUGCCUCGUCAACCUGCCGGGCGAGGUGCUGGAGUACAUCCUGUGCAGCGGCUCGCUGACGGCCGCCGACAUCGGCCGCGUCUCCAGCACCUGCCGGCGGCUGCGCGAGCUGUGCCAGAGUAGCGGGAAGGUGUGGAAGGAGCAGUUCCGGGUGAGGUGGCCUUCCCUUAUGAAACACUACAGCCCCACCGACUACGUCAAUUGGUUGGAGGAGUAUAAAGUUCGGCAAAAAGCUGGGUUAGAAGCCCGGAAGAUUGUAGCCUCCUUCUCAAAGAGGUUCUUUUCAGAGCACGUCCCUUGUAACGGUUUUAGUGACAUUGAGAAUCUUGAGGGACCAGAGAUAUUUUUUGAGGAUGAACUGGUGUGUAUCCUAAAUAUGGAAGGAAGAAAAGCUUUAACCUGGAAAUACUACGCAAAAAAAAUUCUUUACUACCUACGACAACAGAAAAUUUUAAAUAAUCUUAAGGCUUUUCUUCAGCAGCCUGAUGACUAUGAAUCAUAUCUUGAAGGUGCCGUGUAUAUUGACCAGUACUGCAACCCACUCUCCGACAUCAGCCUCAGAGACAUCCAGGCCCAGAUCGACAGCAUCGUAGAGCUGGUUUGCAAAACCCUCCGAGGCAUAAACAGCCGACACCCUAGCUUGGCCUUCAAGGCAGGUGAAUCCUCCAUGAUAAUGGAAAUAGAACUCCAGAGCCAGGUGCUGGAUGCCAUGAACUAUGUCCUUUAUGACCAGCUGAAGUUCAAGGGGAACCGAAUGGAUUACUAUAAUGCCCUAAACUUAUACAUGCACCAGGUUUUGAUCCGCAGAACAGGAAUCCCGAUCAGCAUGUCUCUGCUCUACUUGACAGUUGCCCGGCAGCUGGGGGUCCCACUGGAGCCUGUCAACUUCCCCAGUCACUUCUUAUUGAGGUGGUGCCAAGGUGCAGAAGGGGCGACUCUGGACAUCUUUGACUACAUCUACAUAGAUGCCUUUGGGAAAGGCAAGCAGCUGACGGUGAAAGAAUGUGAAUACUUGAUCGGCCAGCAUGUGACCGCAGCGCUAUAUGGGGUGGUCAACGUAAAGAAGGUGUUACAGCGAAUGGUGGGAAACCUUUUAAGCCUGGGAAAGCGGGAAGGCAUCGACCAGUCGUACCAGCUCCUGAGAGACUCGUUGGAUCUGUACCUGGCAAUGUACCCGGACCAGGUGCAGCUUCUCCUCCUUCAAGCCCGGCUCUACUUCCACCUGGGAAUCUGGCCAGAGAAGUCUUUCUGUCUUGUCUUGAAGGUGCUUGACAUCCUCCAGCACAUCCAGACCCUCGACCCCGGGCAGCACGGGGCGGUGGGCUAUCUGGUGCAGCACACGUUAGAGCACAUUGAGCGCAAGAAGGAGGAGGUGGGCGUGGAGGUGAAGCUCCGGUCCCACGAGAAGCACAGAGACGUCUGCUACUCCAUUGGGCUCAUUAUGAAACAUAAGAGGUAUGGCUAUAACUGUGUGAUCUAUGGUUGGGACCCCACCUGCAUGAUGGGACACGAAUGGAUUCGAAACAUGAACGUCCACAGCCUGCCUCAUGGCCAUCAUCAGCCUUUCUAUAAUGUCCUGGUGGAGGAUGGUUCCUGUAGAUAUGCAGCCCAAGAAAACUUGGAAUAUAACGUGGAGCCUCAAGAAAUCUCACACCCCGAUGUUGGACGCUAUUUCUCAGAGUUUACUGGCACUCACUACAUCCCGAACGCAGAGCUAGAAAUUCGAUAUCCAGAGGAUCUGGAGUCUGUCUAUGAAACAGUGCAGAACAUUUACAGUGCAAAGAAGGAGAACGUGGAGUGAAGACGAGUAGGGGACAUUGGACCUUUGCUGCUGCUGCUAUCUUCCCAGAGAACAGGAUACCGGAAGAAGACGUCUCCACGGGUCCCUCUGGAUUCACACCACCGGGAAAGCCACUGAACCAGUAGUGCUGUCUGCCUCCUUCCAAGCUGAAAUGGCGUGUGCUCCCCUUCAGCUGCAAAGACAGUGUUGCUGUCCGCCUACGCCAGUGAAUUCAUUUGAAAGGCACUGUGCUCAGUAGCGUG